CGCAGGUCGCCACGACCCGGAAGUGCUCGUCGUGACCUCAGUCGCUCUCGUUGCCGUGGGGAGGGGGACGCUCGCCGGUGCCUGUCUGCUAUUUGGAGAAAAGAGAAAAAAAAGAAAGAAAGAAAGAAAGAAGCGGUUCGCGUGCCGAGUGCGGCUUCAGCGUCGGCGUCCUGCCUGAUUAAAGUCCAUGAAUGCCGCCGACAAACUUCAGCAAGUCAGAGCAGCCCUUCGAAGAGUGAAGCAGAGAAUGAGCGGUCCGCGCGACCAACUGGACGACACGGAUGUUACAACAGACGAUGAAGUGGAAUCCAGAUCAUCAAAACAGAAGCACAAUAAAAAGCAACAGGAGACUUUAAUUGAUAUGUACCAAGCAAAUCCCAAAGUAAAUGAAGAACUCCGGGACAGGUUGCCAGCCACGAAAAAGCACGACUACAAAGACAAAGCAAAGCAAUCCCUCGAACCAGAAUCCAGUUCUGAAUUGUUGCAGCCGAGUUGUCGGCCUGUGCCAGAGCAGACGAGUUGUGGCGCACAAAUGGACAGUUUUUUAACAGAGCCAAACGAUUUGGACCAGUAUGAGAAAAAUAGAAACCAACAGCCGUCUGAAGAAAGAGAGAGAUUGUCUGAUAGAAGUGAGAAGCUUCACCCCAUCAAAAUGAACCAGGAUAUUCCAAAACUGGAAAGGAGCUCUCGGGUUAAAGGCAACACAGAGGAGAAUGCAAACGACCAAUGGGGGGCCCUCUCUUGUGAAAGGCAAGGCAAUAGCUUGGUAAGUGCCUCUUUAACCUCUGCAAAUGCAAGCACACUUCUAGAUAAGGACAAGAACAUCGCUUUCCUCUUAAAAGAACUGGACGCCUUGAGAGAGAUCAAUAGAAAGCUUCAGGAUAAACUGUCUGAAAAAGACCAAGAUUUGGAGAGAUGGAAAAUGGAUGCAGAACUACAAGAGAAGAUGAUGGAAGCGAAAACUGCUGAGAAAGCUGCAGCCCUUGUGGAGGAGAUCUACCAGGCCCAGAGGGAGCGGGACCAGGCCAUGAUGGCUCGACUGAGGCUGGCAAAUGAAGAAAGAGAUGAAGCCCUUUUGCAAGCCAAGCGACUGGAACAGGCUAUAAUGGAGCUGGAGAAUAUUAACCCAGAAGAAAAUGACACGGCCUUACAGGAGUUACUGAACCAAAUCCAAAAUGCAGAUUCCGGCCUAACCAUCGAGAAGAGCGGGGCUGUAAUCGUCGAUCGAAUUCUGAAGACCAAAGAACGGAAAAAGAAAAUCACAGCCGAAGAGAUGAACGCCGUAAUCGAAGAGAGGGAGGCCGCCCUUACCAGAUGCAAACGCCUGGAACAGGAGCUUCAUCAAGUGAAAGAACGGAGCCAGACUUCUGCAAACAACAUGAGACAUCUGACUGCCGAAAACAAUCAAGAACGUGCUCUGAAGGCUCAGCUCCAGUACGUCCAGCAGGAGAAGGAAAACGCGGUGAAGCAGUGCAAGAAGUUGGAGGACGAGGUCCAGACUCUCCAAGUCUAUUACGGUUUGCACCAGUCCCUGUCACAAGAGGCCGCCAUGAAGGAGCAUCUGAACUGCACUCUUAGCUCCUAUGAAGAAGCCUUGCGCUCACGAAAUGGCAUCGUGACGCUUGCCAAUCUGCAGAAGGAACAGCUUGUUGCCCAACUACAGCUGGCACUUUCUGACCGAAUAAAACUGGAGGCCCAGCUCAGAGAAACUGCCACCGCACACAAGGAUGCCAAUGAAAAGAUCCACAAGUUAGAGCGGCUGGUGGAUGUGCUGAGGAAGAAGGUUGGAGCGGGUGCCGUCAGGACAGUGAUCUGAUUGAAAGGUUGAGUCUGGAGAAGUGGUCACAUCUGGUGACCAGGCUGCUGCGUUUAGCGCUGUGUAAACACUGAAGCCUUAACUCAGCAAACAGUUGUUAGAAGUGGUACACUGGGACGACAUUCCAGGCCGAGAUCAAACUGAAUCAUAAAUGUUUAACCACUCUGCUGCUGACUUGGGAUAUUUAACCUGCACCCACCCCCCUAGCGCCCCCAUACAGCCCACCCUUGUCUGUAACGUCUGAGGAACUGGCGACUUUCUGUUUGCCUUAAGCCUGCAUUUGAAAUCCUGACUGGGUUUUGGCUGCUGCCCCCGGAGCUGCUUUGCAUAAUCACUAAAGAAAAUGGAAAUGUGGAAAGGCGGCGAGGGAGUGUGUGUGUGUGUGAGUGUGAGUGCGUGUGAGUGUGUGCCGUCCCGCCCGCUGAGCGGCUGCCCACAUCCUCCACGUUUUCUCUCCCUCACCCGUGUUGUCUUUUCCCGAGUUGACGAUGGACGUCUGGCUUGGGUAGAACUUGUGGUGUUCGGGACGCCAAAGCCCAAGCUGAAAUGUUUCAUUCGUUUCACUUGCUUACCUUUUUAUUGUCCUAUCUGCUGGAUCAAUGUGCCCCCCUCAAUCAAAUAAGGAAUCCCAUGUUGUCAGGUCCCCAUGGUGAUUAGGGAUGGCACUGGGCACGGCAGGACAGAUGACAACUUCCUUGUGGCACCGUGUUGAGGUGGAUGGAGGCGAUUGACUGCUGUUCUCGCCCCUUAGAUUCACCAGUGUGACACACUUGGGUGGGUUCUCUUUCGUCAAUGCUGCAAUCUUAUGGAGGGGCGUCAAGCACAUCGGCGAAUCUUUGGUGCACGUUUUCAUACACUAAAACACCCGCGUCAUCUUCAUUUUCUGUUGCCAAGUGUGUUUGCGAUGACGUGGUGACGUUUCACUGGACCCCCCGACUUCAUUUUGGCUGGGGUCCCCGCUACUCCCUCGUUCUUCUGGGACAAGCCUUCUACCUCAAGCCUGUCAGAUUGAUCGGCUUCUCUUAAUUGUCACAACGCGAAUAAGAAUUGAAUUGUGCCCUGUAAUAAUUGGCAGGGGCUGUGUGGGUGAAAACAGCAGCUGACCAACCCGCGAUCUGCACCAGGAUUAGGUGGUUCAGGAAAACCAAGGCGUGGAUAUGAAGACGGACACUUCCUAAAAAUGGUGAGCCGCCGGCUCCAAUUAGUUCGUUAAUUAAACUCUUUUCCAACAAAUGGCGGGCCUGAGCAUCGAGCACAGCAAACUCACGCAGCGUCCGUUAUCAUCCAGCAGUGCACCAGUAGAAGGCUGUGUGUGCAGUGAAAGUGAGUCGGAGGAUCAAAUAACACUCACACACUCACAUGCACGUACGCACACACAUACACGCACACACACACAGACGUACACACACACUCAUGUACACACAUACACAAACACACACAUACACGUACACACACACACACAGACGUACGCACAACUUUGUGAUGUUAUUUUUUAUAGUUUGACCCCCUGAGACACUGACACUUGGGUUUUUUUUGUCUAAUUACAUGAACUUUAACCUCAGCACAGCGCUCAAGUCCUUCCAGGCGUUUGUCACCAUCAUUCAUCUUGCAUUGGGUGGCUCGAUGACAAUCCCUUUCUGAAGACCCAUCUUGUGAAUGGAGCCUCAUCACAUACAGGAUGGCUAACUGGGGCUCUGGCCGGACUGAGAUGACUUUAAAAUGCUAGCAGGGCAGGUGGAGGCCAUUAGAGAUGGAGACCUCUGGCCACCUCAAUCCUGUGACCGCGCUGGCCUCGAGAGCACGUCGUCAUGUGACUUUACAUAACAGGUGAUGGCACCGUUCAGACCGUUGUGUAAUGUAGGGCUUUUCGUUUGUAUUAUUGUUUCUGUUUAAAAGGACACCUUUAGUUCUGGGGAGUCUGAGUAGGACUUUAUUAGAUUUAUUUGUGUAUUCGUAGCAUCUGUCAUUCUGCUGAUUUUAAAUGUUUGCUUUUCUGUUUCUAUUUAUUAAUAAAUUGUUCAUAUCUGUU